GUGAUGAAACAAUCAAGUACUGCGGCUUUAAGAGGUUUCUGAGGAUUGGCCGGACAGCGAGGAAGUAAAGGGGUGUAAACACAAACCCCAAACUCUCUCACUGUCCUAUAACAUUACCUGAUAAGCACGGAAUAGAUAUUCAAGACACCUGCAAAAUCUCCACAACACCGAGACUGAAAGGUCUGAGUAUGAGCGCACAAAGUGUUGGAUCCAGGGAUGGACAUCAGGCUUUCAGGCUGCACAUGGUCACAUGGAAUGUUGGCACAGCAGAGCCACCAGCUGAUGUGAGGUCAUUACUGCAGCUUGACUCGCAGCCAGCCGCUGACCUCUUUGUGAUUGGUCUACAGGAAGUGAAUGCCACUCCAGUGCAGUAUAUCUCUGAUCUAAUUUAUGAGGACUCAUGGAGUCACCUUCUUAUGGAUACUCUGGCACCAAUGGGAUAUAUCAAGGUGACUUCAGUGAGGAUGCAGGGUUUGCUGCUGAUACUGUUUGCAAAGCAGGUCCACCUGCCUUUCAUCAGAGACAUCCAAAGUACAUACACCCGCACAGGCCUGUUUGGAUACUGGGGAAAUAAAGGCGGUGUGUCUGUGCGUUUCUCAUUCUAUGGUCACAUGCUGUGUUUUCUGAACUGUCAUCUGGCAGCUCAUAUGAACUACGCCCUGCAACGCAUGGACGAAUUUGAAUAUAUACUUGACAGACAAGACUUCGAUCCACCACAAGUGCUUGACCACAAACUCGUUUUCUGGUUCGGUGAUCUGAACUUUCGUAUCGCUGACCAUGGGAUGCACUUUCUCCGCUCCUCAGUCAACAACAGCCGAUUUAACCUGCUGUGGGACAGAGAUCAGUUGACUAUGAUGAAGAAAAAAGAACCUAUUCUGCAGGAGUUUGAGGAGGGACCGUUGUGUUUUAAACCCACGUAUAAGUUUGACCGUUUCUCCGAGACUUACGACACAAGUGGUAAAAAGCGGAAGCCUGCCUGGACGGAUCGUAUCUUGUGGAGGAUAAAACCCAAAGCUAUAGAGACUGUGGAUGAGAAUAGUUCGACAUCAUCAUCAGCUGACGAUGAUGAGUAUCCUAUUAAGGUGAUGCAGGACAUGUACACUUGCGAUGUCUCGUAUGGGGUCAGUGACCACAAACCCGUCAUUGCAACCUUCGAUCUGGAGAUGAGAAAAAAGGUGAAGACGCCUCUAGUCAAACUAACCGUGGAGGGACACUGGAGUGCAGAUGAAGAUGCCACAUUCACCUACACCAUUCUAGAAAACUUUGAGUCUUCAACCUGGGAUUGGAUCGGAUUGUACAAGAUUGGCUUCAGAAGUGCCUCCCAUUACUCCACCUUCGCUUGGGUCAAAGAUGAUGAAGUGGCUGCCAACGGCGAAGUCGUGACGGUCCAGAUGAAUAAAAAUGAGCUCCCCCUGCUGGCUGGGGAUUAUGUUCUUGGCUAUUACAGCACCAACAUGCAAACCCUCAUUGCCUUUAGUCCUACUUUCCUGAUUCUGGAGUCUCGACUAGCUGUAAUGGAGGGUCUGCUUCCUGAGAACAUCAACGGACAUGAGAAGUAGCUGGAUAUCUUCUAACCUCGUGUGUAAAAGUCACAGCAGGAUCUGAUUUGAGAUCAUAUUUGCCUGUGUAAACAGACCUUGCUCCGUUUGAUUUUAAAAAGUGAAAACUGAUUCUGUGAAACAGUCUGAUAUAAUGAGUGUGAUUUAAAAUCUAUGGCUUUAAAAUCUCUGUCUGUUCGCUAAAUACGCCAUAUUACUCUUUUUCAUUCUCUCCUUAUCCGUGGUUCUCCUCGAACGGUUGAGUCUGUUGUGAGCUUCUGUAAACACACAUUGUACACACUGUGCUUUUCUACUGUAGUUUGUAGUACCUGUAUCUUCCUCUAGAGGUUUAUAAAGCAAUCACUAACUUUAUUAGAGACACAUCCUAACUCAGAAUCUUAUCCCAUCUGUUUAGUAACCAUGGUAAUCCGACAGAGAACUGAGUUUUUUUUUCUUUUUCUAAUAAAAUAAGAAGACAGGAAAUUUCUGUAAUACAGCCCAUGGAUUCUGUGCCUGCUAACUUCAAAGCUCUUUUGAUUCAUGUAGAGACUGAUUGCACAAAGACCUUUCAUGUUUUUGUUUUUUAAUCAAAUUUGAUACUUAUUAGACCGUAAAACUUAUAAGAGUGUGGAACUCUCCGAUUUUUAAAAUAGGCCUGUAUUUCAUGCCAAAUCGACACAUAAAUUGUGAAAAAGUGCUCAGUAUUAUUUUACAUUAGGUUCUACAAAACACAAUUAUACAUUUUUAUUUUUAUAUGAUAUAUUAAAUAAAUGAUGUUGCAUAUAUUUUGCCUAUUUGAAAGUGAUGACAUUAUCUUUUCAUGCACGUUGGUUGCUGUGCUUCUUACAGUAUUUCACUGUAUGUUUUAUAUGUCAGUGUCUGAUAAAAGUAUGCGGCUUUUCAGUAUCUAUAACAAUGGUUCGCCAUCUGAUUGUUAAAAUGCCAUUUUGUUUACACUCUGUCACUCUUUUUAGUGCUAAAUUUGGCAGUUUUACUUCUUAUUGUCUGCAUUUGUUCAUUGUGACAUGCCUGGCCUAUCUUUUUCAUUGAAUAUAUAUAUUAUACUCUCUUUAUCUCAGUUCAUGUUAAAUUUAUCGUAACUGUCUUGUUGGAACAGUUGAUUUGAUGCCCUUAGAUUUGUGAGAUGUAUUAAAAUCACGCAGUUGAGCACA